GGUAGGAGUUGAAAGGUCAUACUGACUGCGAAGGUUUGUUGUCCUAGCUAGUUUGUCAGCUUUUUUUCAGCAAGGAACGCUUCAGAUAUGUCCGCGUCUGAAGAACAAGAAGACACAGGGACCACUGUUCCAUCCGUCCUCAUUACGAGCUGUGACGUUGGCUUUAAUGAACAAGAUUUGAUAAAACGUAAGUAGAUGCGAGGGUAGCAAAAUGGCAUAACUAGCUAACGUUAGCUUUAAUACAUCGCAAGAUCACUCUAACAGGCUGCCUAAACAGGAACACACAAACAUGUAUUACUGUUUAUAGAAGCUGUUCAUCACUGACAUUGUGAAUGUGUUGCGAAGUUAUCUACUGUAGCUAGUUUGAUAUAUAUAUAUAUAUAUAUAUAUAUUUUUUUUUUUAUACAGGACAGGCAGUUGCUAGUUGCUAAGUGAUGUAGCUAGCCAGCCAGCACUAGAGCUACCAACCAGCUAGCCGACUGAAGCCAAAUAUGGGGAUAACGUUACAGCUUGUGUGACUGGCAAACAUUUAAUCAUGUCUAUUGCUUUUUCAGAGAUUCUAGGCACCACAUCGUUGCCAAAUCCGUCCAAGGAGGAGGAUACGGUAGUGUGGUACCCAUGGACUAUCAACAACAAGUAUUACACUGCAGACGUCAGCCUCUGUGUUGUGCCCAGUACAUACCAGAUGACCUCGGAGAUAGCCCAGUCCAUGCAGGCUUUCAUUGCUUACUUUGACAGCACAGUGGUAAGUGAUGUGUGUGUGUGUGUGUGUGUGUGUGUGUGUGUGUGUGUGUGUGUGUGUGUGUGUGUGUGUGUGUGUGUGUGUACAGUGCAUUCGGAAAGUAUUCAGACCCCUUGACUGUUUCCACAUUUUGUUACGUUACAACCUUAUUCUAAAAUUGAUUUUAUUUAAUUUUUUCCUCAUUACACAAUAAGCCAUAAUGACAAAGCAAAACAGGUUUUUAGAAAUAUUUGCAAAUGUAUAAAAAAAAAAAAAAACUGAAAUAUCACGUAAGUAUUCAGACCCCUUACUAAGUAUUUUGUUGAAGCACCUUUGGGAGUGAAUACAGCCUUGAGUCUUCUUGGGUAUGACGAUACAAGCUCGGCACACCUGUAUUUGGAGACUUUCUCUCAUUCUCAUUCCUCUGCAGAUCCUCUCAAGCUCUGUCAGGUUGGAUGGGGAGCGUCGCUGCACAGCUAUUUUCAGGUCUCUCCAGAGAUGUUCGAUCGGGUUCAAGUCCGGGCUCUUGCUGGGCCACUCAAGGACAUUCAGAGACUUGUCCCAAAGCCACUUCUGCAUUGUCUUGGCUGUGUGCUUGGGGUCGUUGUCCUGUUGGAAGGUGAACCUUCACCCCAGUCUGAGAUCCUGAUCACUCUGGAGUAGGUUUUCAUCAAGGAUCUCUGUACUUUGCGCCGUUCAUCUUUGCCUCGAUCCUGACUAGUCUCCCAGUCCCUGCCGCUGAAAAACAUCCCCACAGCAUGAUGCUGCCACCAUGCACCGUAGGGAUGGUGCCAGGUUUCCUCCAGACAUGAUCUUGGCAUUCAGGCCAAAGAGUUCAAUCUUGAUUUCAUCAGACCAGAGAAUCUUGUUUCUCAUGGUCUGAGUCUUUAGGUGCCUUUUGGCAAACUCCAAGCGGGCUGUCAUGUGCCUUUUACUGAGGAGUGGCUUCCGUCUGGCCACUCUACCAUACAGGCCUGAUUGGUGGAGUGCUGCAGAGAUGGUUGUCCUUCUGGAAGGUUCUCCCAUCUCCACAGAGGAACUCUAGAGCUCUGUCAGAGUGACCAUCGGGUUCUUAGUCAACUCCCUGACCAAGGCCCUUCUCCCCCGAUUGCUCAGUUUGGCCAGGCGGCCAGCUCUAGGAAGAGUCUUGGUGGUUCCAAACUUUUUCCAUUUAAGAAUGAUGGAGGCCACUGUGUUCUUGGGGACCUUCAAUGCUGCAUAAUUGUUUUGGCACCCUUCCCCAGAUCUGUGCCUCGACACAAUCCUGUCUCGGAGCUCUACGGAUAAUUCCUUCGACCUCAUGGCUUGGUUUUUUCUCUGACAUGCACUGUCAACUGUGGGACCUUUUUUAUAUAGACAGGUGUGUGCCUUUCCAAAUCAUGUCCAAUCAAUUGAAUUUACCACAGGUGGACUCCAAUCAAGUUGUAGAAACAUCUCAAGGAUGAUCAAUGGAAACAGGAUUUACCUGAGCUCAAUUUCGAGUCUCAUAACAAAGGGUCAGAAUACUUAAAGGACCAGUCAAAAGUUUUAGAACACCUACUCAUUCAAGGGUUUUUCUAUAUUUUUACUAUGUUCUACAUUGUAGAAUAAUAGUGAAGACAUCAAAACUAUGAAAUAACACACAUGGAAUCAUGUAGUAACCAAAAAAGUGUUGAACAAUUUUAGAUUCUUCAAAGUAGUCACCCUUUGCCUAAAUGACAGCUUUGCCCACUCUUGGCAUUGUCUUAGACAGCUUCACCUGGAAUGCUUUUCCAACAGUCUUGAAGGAGUUGCCACAUAUGCUGAGCACUUGUUGGCUGCUUUUCCUUCACUACGGUCCAACUCAUCCCAAACCAUCUCAAUUGGAUUGAGUUCGGGUGAUUGUGGAGGCCAGGUCAUCUGAUGCAGCACUCAUCACUCUCCUUCUUGGUAAAAUAGCCCUUACACAGCCUGGAGGUGUGCUGGGUCAUUGUCCUGUUGAAAAAGAAAUUAUAGUCCCACUAAGCCCAAACCAGAUGGGAUGGCGUAUCACUGCAGAAUGCUGUGGUAGCCAUGCUGGUUAAGUGUGCCUUGAAUUCUAAAUACAUCACAGACAGUAUCAACAGAAAAGCACCCCCACACCAUCACAGCUCCUCCUCCAGUCUUCAAGGUGGGAACCACACUUGCAGAGAUCACCCAUUCAUCUACUCAGACACGGCGAUUAGAACCAAAAAUCUCAAAUUUGGACUCAUCAGACCAAAGGACAGAUUCCCACCGGUCUAAUGUCCAUUGCUCGUGUUUCUUGGCCCAAGCAGGUCUCUUCUUAUUAAUGGUGUCCUUUAGUAAUGGUUUCUUUGCAGCAAUUCGACCAUGAAAGCCUGAUUCACGCAGUCUCCUCUGAACAGUUGAUGUUGAGAUGUGUCUGUUACUUGAACUCUGUGAAACAUUUAUUUGGGCUGCAAUUUCUGAGGCUGGUAACUCUAUUGAACUUAUCCUCUGCAGCAGAGUUAACUCUGGGUCUUCCUUUCCUGUGGCGGUCCUCUUGAGAGCCAGUUUCAUCAUAGCGCUUGAUGGUUUUUGCGACUGCACUUGAAGAAACUUUCAAAGUUCUUGACAUUUUCCCAGAUUGACUGACCUUCAUGUCUAAAAGUAAUGAUGGACUGUCCUUUCUCUUUGCUUAUUUGAGCUGUUCUUGCCAGAAUAUGGACUUGAUCUUUUACCAAAUAGGGCUAUCUUCUGUAUACCCCCCUACCUUGUCACAACACAACUGAUUGGCUCAAACGUAUUAAGAAGGAAAGAAAUUCCACAAAUUAACAAGGCAUACCUGUUAAUUGAAAUGCAUUCCAGGUGACUACCUCAUGAAGCUGGUUGAGAGAAUGCCAAGAGUGUGCAAACCUGUCAUCAAGGCAAAGGGUGGCUACUUUGUAGAAUCUCAAAUAUAAAAUAUUUUUUGAUUUGUUUAACACUUUUUUGGUUACUACAUGAUUCCAUAGGUGUUAUUUCAUAGUUUUGAUGUCUUCACAAUUAUUUUACAAUGUAGAAAAUAAAAAUAAAAUAAAAAAAACACUGGAAUGAGUAGGUGUUCUAAAGUUUUGACUGGUACUAUAUGUAAUUUUAAAACAUUUGCUAAAAUGUCUAAACUUGUUUUUGUUUUGUCAUUGUGGGGUUUUGUGUAUAGAUUGAGAAAAAAUAUAUAAAUUUUAUCCAUUUUAGAAUAAGGCUGUAACAAAAUGUGGAAAAAGUCAAGGGGUCUGAAUACUUUCCGAAGGCACUGUAUAUCGGUGGGGUUUGGUACAACAGGCUGCAUCUCAAUUUGUCUUUCUGUUCCUCGCGUCCCAUCUUUUUGCGUCCUACCUACUCAACCGAGGUCCAACUUUGAGGUGCCUCCCUGUCCCCUCAGACCUCCAGUGCAUUUUGAGAAGGAGGUGAGAAGAGAGGAUGCAACAAGUGUAGGAAAGAUAUUAAUUGAGAAACCUGGGGAUGUCUAUGCUUUGGUAAAUCACAGGUGUAUUGGCUAGAAACCAAACGGAAUCAAACAGAACAAUACUGGGAAAUGUAUCCAAUGGAGACUCUCAUUUUUGUUGCAAAACAUUUUCCAUUGCAAAAAGCUUUGCAAAAGUCUGAAAUGUUUUUGCAACCGUGUGCAACUUAUGAACACACCCCAGGUAACCGUUGUCUCCCUGUGGUCUGACAGAAGGAUGGUUUGGAGCGGCUGUCUCCCUGGAUAUCUGUGGUGGAAGACUUAGCUCCAGAGGUGCUCAUCCUGGUCUGUGACCGUGUGUGUGAAAGUGGUGAGUGUUACACAACCUGUGUGUGUGUGUGUGUGUGUGUGUGUGUGUGUGUGUGUGUGUGAAUUACGGUGUGUGAAACUUGUUCCAAAAUUGAACUAUACAACAACAACAACAACAACAAAAAACCAUCUUAUUCUACAGGCGUCAGUAGACAUGAGGCACAUCAGUGGUGUUUAGCCAACGCCUUCGAGUUGGUGGAACUCACCCCUGAAGACCUGCCAGAUGAGGAUGGUAAGAGAGAGAGAGAGUUUUUCAAGUAGCAGCAACAUGCUGAAUUGUGAUUACAACAUUUGAAUUAUUAAUCUUUUCAGUCUCGUGAGGGGGAAAAGGUGUUGUCGUGCCCUCUUCACGACUGUCUUGGUGUGUUUGGACCAUGAUAGAUUGUUGGUGAUGUGGACACCAAGGAACUUUAAACUCUCGACCUGCUCCACUGCAGCCCCGUCGAUGUGAAUGGGGGCGUGUUCGGCCCUCCUUUUCCUGUAGUCCACGAUCAGCUCCUAUGUCUUGCUCACAUUGACGGAGAGGUUUCUCAAUCAAAUCAAUCAAAUGUAUUUAUAAAGCCCUUUUUACAUCAGCAGAUGUCACAAAGUGCUAUACAAAGUGCUAUACAGUUGUCCUGGCACCACACGGCCAGGUCUCUGACCUCCUCCCUAUAGGCUGUCUCAUCAUUGUCGGUGAUCAGGCCUACCACUGUUGUCAUCAGCAAACUUAAUGAUGGUUUUGGAGUCAUGCUUGGUCACGCAGUCAUGGGUGAACAGGGAGUACAGGAGGGGACUAACCAUGCACCCCUGAGGGGCCCCAGUGUUGAGGAUCAGCGUGGCAGAUGUGUUGUUGCCUACCCUUACCACCUGGGGGCGGCCCGUCAGGAAGUCCAGGAUCUAGUUGCAGAGGGAGGUGUUUAGACCCAGGGUCCUUAGCUUAGUGAUGAGAUUUGUGGCACUAUGGUGUUGAACGCUGAGCUGUAGUCAAUGAACAGUAUUCUCACACAGGUGUUCCUCUUGUCCAGGUGGGAAAGACACAUCAGAGUCUGGCACAGUAAUUAUCCAAAUGUCCGUGGUAGUUUGACAAGACAGAAUUACAAUAAGAUCCAUUUUCGAAAUCAAACUUCUGACAUUUACAGUGCAUUCGGAAAGUAUUCAGAUCCCUUGACUUUUUCCACAUUUUGUUACGUUACAACCUUAUACCCCAUAAUCACAAAGCAAAAAACGUUUUUUUUUUUAGAAUAUCUGCUAAUUUAUUAAAAAUAAACUGAAAAUCACAUUUACAUAAGUAUUCAGACCCUUUACUCAGUACUUUGUUGAAGCACCUUUGGCAGCAAUUACAGCCUUGAGUAUUCUUGGGUAUGACGCUACAAGCUUGGCACACCUGUAUUUGGGGAGUUUCUCCCAUUAUUUUCUGCAAAUCCUCUCAAGCUCUGUCAGGUUGGAUGGGGAGCGUUGCUGCACAGCUAUUUUCAGGUCUCUCCAGAGAUGUUCGAUCGGUUUAAAGUCCGGGCUCUGGCUGGGCCACUCAAGGACAUUCAGAGACUUGUCCCAAAGCCACUCCUGUGUUGUCUUGGCUGUGUGCUUAGGGUCGUUGUCCUGUUGGAAGGUGAACCUUCACCCCAGUCUGAAGUCCUGAGCGCUCUGGAGCAGGUUUUCAUGAAAGAUCUCUCUGUACUUAACACAGGCGGACUCCAAGUUGUAGAAACAUCUCAAGGAUGAUCAAUGGAAACAGGAUGCACCUGAGCUCAAUUUCGAGUCUCCUAGCAAAGGGUCUGAAUACUUAAGGUAUUUGUUUUUUUAUUUGUAAUACAUUUGCAAAAAUGUCUAAACCUUGUUUUCGCUUUGUCAUUAUGGGGUAUUGUGUGUAGAUUACUGAAUACAUUUUUUUUUAUUUAAUCCGUUUUUAGAAUAAGGUUGUAACAUAACAAAAUAUGUAAAAAGUCAAGGGGUCUGAAUACUUUCCGAAGGCGCUGUAUAUAAUGUGAUGUAUCAGUCCAAGGCCACAGCUGCGGGAUUUCAGAUCAGACGGCAGAGUCUGAAUGGUUCUGGAUGGAGGUUUGGGCGGCAGGUAGCUUAGUGGUUAAGAGCGUUGUGCCAGUAACCGAAAGGUCGCUGGUUCUAAUCCCCGAGCCAACUAGGUGAAAAAUCUGUCGAUGUGCCCUUGAGCAAGGCACUUAACCCUAAUUGCUCCUGUAAGUCGCUCUGGAUAAGAGCGUCUGCUAAAUGAUUAAAAUGUAAUGUAAAAUGAGGUUAGCUUACCAACUCUCUCAUCCACUGUCUCUUCAAUACCUCCCAGAUGACUUCCCAGAGUCUACAGGAGUGAAGAGGAUUGUCCAGGCUCUCAACGCUAACGUGUGGUCCAGUGUGGAGAUGAAGGAUGGUGAGAUGGUUUCACAUAAUCUUAUUUAUAUGUAUGUAUGUAUGUAUCAAAUACAAUGCGCCGAAUACAACAGGUGUAGACCUUACAGUGAAAUGCUUACUUACAAGCCCUUAACCAACAAUGCAAUUUUAAGAAAAAUAAGUGUUAAGAAAGUAUUUACUAAAAUAAACUGAUGUAAAAAAAAUAAGACAAAUAAAAAAAUAAUUAAAGAGCAACAAUAAAAUAACAGUAGGGAGGCUAUAUACAGGAGGUACCGGUACAGAGUCAAUGUGCGGUGGCACAGGUUAGUCGAGGUAAUUGAGGUAAUAUGUACAGUACCAGUCAAAAGUUUGGACGCACCUACUCAUUCCAGGGAUUUUUUAAACUAUUUUUUACAUUGUAGAAUAAUAGUGAAGACAUCAAAACUAUGAAAUAACACAUGGAAUCAUGUAGUAACCAAAAAAAAGUAUUAAACAAAUCAACAUAUAUUUUAUAUUUGAGAUUCUUCAAAUAGCCACCCUUUGGCUUGAUGACAGCUUGAUUCUGGUGACCAUUUUUCAACGGACCGAAUCGCGGCUACUUCCUGUUUCAGCUUCUGCUUGUAAACAGGAAGCAAGAGUACGGAGUCAUGAUCUGAUUUGCCUAAUGGCGGACGAGGGAGGGCCUUGUAUGCUUGCUUGUGGCUAGAAUAGCAGUGGUCUAGGACUCCAUCGCCCCUAGUGGCGUUGGAGACAUGUUGAUGGAAGUUGGGCAUCACGUGCCUUAGUGAUGCCCAAUUAAAAUUGUCGGCUCUGGGUGUAGGUUUUCCUGCUUGUUUGUAGCCUUGUAAAGUUUGUUAAGCGCCAACUUGUUAUUUUUUCUCAAUUUCCCCGACUCCACUGUCCUGUCCGCCCUGUGAAUGGCGAAUCCAUCAAGUUGGAUAGCCAUGGGGGGGUAUCAUUUCCUAGAGCCAUGUUUCUGAAAAGCAAAGAAUUUUGCAGUUCCAAGAGUCCCGUUGGUAGCAAAUCCGCGAUCGGAGGGCAUCCAUCUUGUUAUCAUGUGACUGUACAUUAGCCAAUAGAAUGGAGGAAGAGGUGGCCGGUUUUCCCUUCACCACGAUUCCCCCCUAAUUUGCUAAGAAAAUACAAACUAGCUGUUUGCAGACGUAAGAAACAGAAACUGAUAGUGUAAUUAUAGAACGCUUGUGGAUUUAUAUUAAGAAUCAAAGUGAAAACGGCGUCGGUGUCAUCAACAUUGUUGCUUGUGCUGCAUUGACCAAGUGUCCCCGUGGUUGAGGAACAGCAGAAGUGCUCCUUGAGUGACGGUGCGGGGACAGGUCUGUGUGGGAAGCGGCAGAGAGAGAGAUGACUCGAGUAGGGAAGUAAACUAUAAAAAUGGAUGUUACACACGGCGAACCCAUUUAACAAACAAAACAUUAAAAUACCUUUUUAUAGAAGGUAAAGUAAUACCAAUAUAUGGUAAAAUACGGUAUACCGCCCAGCCCUAGCCAACCGUUGUCACUGUUGAUAUCCUAUGUUGUGUCGUGAUUUGUUUAAGUUAACAGAAAAGUGGUCUGUUCCCUUUUCCAAAUCAACAUCAGACAUUCCUAAAUAUAGAUAGAAGCUUUCUACAAGUCACCAAACGUGUAUAGGUUAUUCCAUGUUUCCGUGUGGCCUUUGAAUAGUGUUAGUUUAAACAGCGCUACACUCCAAACCUUUUCCCCUGUUCUAUUGAUUUCUAUGAUUUCUUCAACGUGAUAUCGAUGGAAGUGAUUAACCAAAAAAUAAUGAGUGAUUGACAAAAUGUUUCUCUUUCCGUUUUGGCGACCCCCCCCAAAUCAAAAUGCAUCACUCCAAAAGGAAGCUGACCUUCUUCUGCAGGUUGUUCUUUAACCAGUAAAAAAUAUCUCCAGUUUCCAUGUGUUUUUUUUUUUAUUGUUAGAUUUCCAAAAAUGUGCUGCGAUUUGAUUUAUUUUGAUAUACCAGAAAUCACCAAAACGGGUUUGGCCUGCCUAAUAGUAAUAUUCAACAGCACUGAUGAUGAUUCAGUUACUUUAUUAACAUAAGAGAGAUCGCUGUAUGGCAGCUCUUCCUCCAACAGGAAGUUUACUGUUUUCAUGGUCUGAAUCAGACAGAGAGAUGUACAAUACCUGACUCAUUCUCUCUCUCCCAGAACACAGUGGGGGCUUUGGUCUGAUGAGCAGCUUGGUGGCCUCCAGACGUAACAACCCACAGCCCAGACAGGAUACGCCACCCCCGGUCAGUGGUCCUGACAACCCACAGCCCAGACAGGAUACGCCACCACCGGUCAGUGGCCCAAAGCAGCCUUUUUUUUUUUUUUUUUAAACCUCUCCUCAGGGACCGUCAGACAUAUGACCUGUUCCAACUGGAACACCUGAUUCAACAUGUCAACUAAUCAUCAAGCCCUUCUACUUCAAUUGACUACAUUUUAGUCAUUUAGCAGACGCUCUUAUCCAGAGCGACUUACAGGCGCAGUUAGGGUUAAGUGCCUUGCUCAAGGGCACAUCGACAGAUUUUUCACCUAGUCGGCUCAGAGAUUAGAACCAGCGACCUUUCGGUUACUGGCACAACGCUCUUACCCGCUAAGCUACCUGACUACACAGUUCUGGGAACAGGCUACAUUUUCACCAUACUACAGUACAGGCAUUGAUGUAUUUUUUAAAUAAUGGUGUGUAUAUUCUAAGAUUGACAAACCAAUUUCCCCUUAAUUAAUUAAGUAUUACAUAGACCCACAGGUUUGCGUUGGUACCUAGUGCUGCAUACUGACCUGUUUUGUGUUGUCAGUCCUCCAGUCUGCCAGUAGAGGGCAGAGGAGACAGCGGGGAGCCCCAGAGGACUGAACCCAACCCUGACAACCGAGACACACAGGUUGACACCAUAGUAGGUGAGUGAGCUGGUUACAUUUAGUCAUUUAACAGACGCUACUAUCCAGACCCACUUACAGUUAGUGGAUUGAUCUUAACAGACGCUUUAUCCAGAGAGACUUAGUCAGUGGUAGUUAGUUGA